CCCGGUCAUCACGCCUAUUGACCCCAUUGGGUCUUGUCAUCGUGUCGUCCUUCACAAUAUCUCGCAUAUCCUUCUCUUCUUUCUACUCUUCAUUUUCACAGGUCGCAGCUGGUCCUGCUUUUCACCUAAGGGCUACCUCCUCCAAAGGUCCACGCAUCACACUCUCCACUCACUGCAUAGUCUUUCGCACUUACGCCAGCAAGAAGAAGAAAAUGCCCCCCAAGAAGCAAGUUAAGGAGGAGAAAGUCCCUCUGGGCCGUCCUGGAAACAACCUGAAAAGCGGUAUCGUUGGUCUAGCGAACGUCGGUAAAUCGACGCUUUUCCAGGCUAUCACAAAAUGCUCGUUAGGUAACCCUGCAAACUUUCCAUAUGCCACAAUCGACCCUGAAGAGGCUCGUGUCAUUGUUCCCGAUGAACGCUACGACUGGCUCUGUGAGCAUUAUAAACCCAAGUCUCAGGUUCCUGCAAACUUGACAGUAUAUGACAUCGCCGGCCUAACGCGUGGUGCUUCCACCGGUGCUGGUCUCGGCAAUGCCUUUUUGUCACAUAUCCGAGCAGUCGAUGCCAUAUUCCAAGUUGUCCGAUGCUUUGAUGAUGCUGAAAUUAUCCACGUCGAGGGAGAUGUUGACCCCGUACGAGACCUGGAAAUUAUCAGUGAAGAGCUCCGGAUUAAGGAUAUUGAGUUCGUUGAGAAGGCUUUAGAGGCCUUGUCCAAGCAGACGAGAAGAGGUGGACAGAGCUUGGAAAUGAAGAAACUAAAAGAAGAGGAAGCUACUGUCGCUAAGAUCCUACAGUUCCUGAAAGACGGAAAAGAUAUUAGAAAGGGUGACUGGUCUCCCAAAGAGGUCGAGGUCAUCAAUCCUCUCUUCCUCCUGACUGCUAAGCCUGUUGUAUAUCUUAUCAAUCUCAGUGAGAAAGACUAUAUUCGACAAAAGAACAAAUAUAUCCCGAAGGUUGCGGAGUGGAUUAAGAAGAACUCUGAAGGAGAUCCAAUUAUUCCUCUCUCUGUAGCUUUUGAAGAGCGGUUGACUCGCUUUGAAAGUGAUGCCGCCGCCGAGGAAGAAUGCAAGAAGCUCGGCACUAAGUCGGCUUUGCCUAAGAUCAUUGUGACCAUGCGUCAAGCGCUUAACCUAGGUAGCUUUUUCACCACUGGAGCUGAUGAAGUAAGACAAUGGACCAUUCGAAAAGGAACUAAGGCUCCACAGGCCGCUGGUGUUAUCCAUUCAGAUUUCGAAAAGACUUUUAUCCAGUGCAUUGUUUUUAAUUACAAUGUAUUGAAGGAGCAUGGUGACGAAGCAGCUGUCAAGGCUGCCGGCAAGGUGCUGACAAAGGGUAAAGAUUAUGUCGUCGAAGAUGGGGAUAUCAUCUUGAUCAAGGCCGGGGCCGCCAAGGGUUAGAUUGGAAACCUAUUUCCGAUAUAGAGUACAAACCCUUUUUUGAGUUAAUACGAAAAUUCGGCAUUUCGAAUUAGAAAUUAAUACGAUCCAUGAUAAACGAAUAGGAUUUGAUAGCGUC